AUGACAUUUUCCUGCGUUGUUUUUGUCGUUUUUGCCGUUCAGGCACGUUAUGCCAAUUUCUAUGCUGGCGGAGAUGUAGCAUGGAGUAAAGACGGCAAAUGGAUAUUCUGCUUGAAUGGAUCAGAAGUAGCAAAGGUAGAUGUUCAAACGGGCUUGGUAAAUCGUUCAUAUGGUUUAAACUACAACGAGGAAGGAGAACGUAUUAAUACCGGUGCCGAGGAGGAAGAGAAUGAUGAUGCCAUUUACUGUUUUGAUUUGUCGCAUGAUCAGGAAUAUAUGGUCACCGUGCAUCGUAGCAGUUUGGUUCGAUUAUGGCAUUUGGCCACUGGAAAAAUUGAAAAACUGUGGAAAAGUCAACACAAAGGCCCUGUGGUAAAGGUUGCUUUUAGCGGUGAUGCAAAACUGGUCUGUACAAGUGGUGCAGAUUCGACCCUGAGAAUAUGGGACUAUAACAACAGCAGAUGCUUGUGUGCCUUAAAGGAAUUCACUGGUCCAGCAAAUUUAGUACAAUUCCAUCCAAAUCCUGCUAAAAAUGAAAUAUUUGCUGCUGGUUCUGACAAUGCUAUUUACAAAUGGAACUUCGACACUAAGGAAUUGGAAGCAAAAAUGAAGGGACAUUUGUCACAAGUUACAGGUUUUGAUUUCUCCGAUAACACUGCGGAAUGUCAACAUCUGGUAUCUGUGAGUAGGGAUAAGGUUUUAAUAGUUUGGAGUUUGGACGAUGGCAAACAACUGAAAGUGGUACCGCUGUAUGAAGAGAUUGUUGGCGUGUUCUUCAAGGAUAAAACCAAUGCAGUAGUCGCUGGUCUAAAUGGAAACCUGAAGCAAAUAAACUGUUCCUCUGGCAAAAUAUCUGUACUUUUGGAAUGUCAAGAGGAGGAGUAUGAAAUUAACACAUUGUUAAGAAAUUCGCUGAAUAAUCAGUUGGCGGUAGUGACGACAGAUCACAAUAUUUUGAUUUUUGAAAUGGAACCCAAAUUAAAAUGUUUCAAACAUCUAAUUGGAUUCAAUGAUGAAAUUUUGGACAUUUGCUUCUUGGGAGAAUCGGAGGAAUUUUUGGCUGUUGCCACAAAUAGCAAACAUAUCAAACUGUACGACAUUGAAAAUGACAUGAAUUGUAACAUCAUUGUGGGCCACAAGGACACAGUAAUGACCCUUUCGUCUCCUGGAUCCAGUAAUUUACUGCUGUCUGCUGGUAAAGACUACAGUAUUUUCUUAUGGACUUUAGACAAGGAAAAUGCAACUUUGAAAUGUUUGGCCAAAAAUACGAGCAGUCACACAGCCACCAUUGGUUGCAUAAGCUUUGGUUUUAAUUGCAGCAAUUUAUUCGCAUCAGUAUGUCAAAGUGGUAGUAUGAAAGUUUGGACCCUUAAAAAGAAUCCUAAAAAAGAGGAAUACGAAUUCUUAAUCAAAUAUGCUGCAUUGGCUCAUGACAAGGAAGUGAAUAGCGUUGCAUUUUCUCCUAACAACAAAAUUAUAGCAACUGCUUCACAGGAUAAAACUGCAAAAUUAUGGUCAGCUGACUCGCAUAGCAUAAUUGGCACUUUGCGUGGCCAUACCCGUGGUGUUUGGAGUGUUCGAUUCUCUCCAACCGAUCAAAUUGUUUUGACAACCUCUUCCGAUUGCAGUUUACGUUUGUGGUCCUUGUCGAAUCUGUCCUGCCUAAAACGUUUGGAACAGACCGCAACAGUCCUGAGGGCUGAAUUUAUAGAUCAUGGCAAAUAUAUCAUAUCUUCCGGUUCCGAUGGUCUCCUCAAAGUAUGGAAUAUAAAAACCAAUGCAUGCGUUCAAACUCUGGAUGAACAUGACGAUAGGGUAUGGUCUCUGGCGGUAUCUUCAAAGACACAAAAGUAUUUCUUCAGUGCUGCUGCCGAUUCUAAGCUUAUCAAAUGGAAAGAUGUUACGGAAGAGUGCAAAAAUUCGGAAAUUGAUAAACGCCAAGCUGAACUACAGGAAGAACAAUCAUUACAAACAUUGUUGCAUCAGAAUAAGAAUUUGAAAAAGGCAUUUGUUUUGGCUUUGAAAUUGGGCAAACCCCGAGUAACGUACAAUAUUCUAAAUCAAUUCAUACAGAAACGAGAACAUGCAGCAAUUGGCGAUUUAAUAACGCAAUUGAAUAAUGAUCGGAAGCUAAUAUUAUUGGAUCAUGUCAAGGUGUGGACUUGUAAUGCUCGCUAUUCACAGGUUUCCAAUGUUGUGUUGCACCACCUCUUGAAGGAAAUGUUGGUCGAGCCAUCAUUGCAAAGAUCACUUAACGCCAAAAAUCUGGUAGAAGUAGUUACGCCAUAUGUGCAACGUCAUUUUAAGCGAGUAACUGAGUUAAGUAAAGAAUUAAAUUUCUUAGAUUUUAUUGUUCAAAAUAUUUAAAUAAAAUGUUGUAUUUUAUAUAAAAGAUAA